AUGACUGUCACUGAGUAUGCCCUGAAGUUUGACAUGUUGGCCGAGUUUGCUUCUGACUUGGUGCCAACCGAUGCUACCAGGAGAGAUAGGUUUUUUCGGGGAUUAAACCCCAUGGUAGCACAGGAUGUUAGGAUCACCUCAGUGCUUGGGGUUACCACAUAUGUUCAGGUGAUUAAGAAUGCCCUUACUGUUGAGGGUGUAGAGGAUAGGAUUUGGCGCGAGAGUGCCACAAGUCGUGAUGCUAGGAGGAUGGGUGGAUGCAUGGGAUUCUUUGUGAGUGUAGUAGAUAUCACUAGGGAAGUACCAGUUGGGCCAGCGGAGAACAGAGUGGUCUGCGAGUUUUUAGAUGUAUUUCCUGGGGACCUACCAGGAUUACCGCCACAGCAGCCGAUUGAAUUUGUUAUAGAGGUGGCACCAGGGAUAGAACCGGUAUCCAGAGUACCAUACAGAAUGGCUCCGACAAAGUUGAAGGAAUUGAAGGUACAACUACAAGAGUUACUGGACUUGGGAUUCAUUACACCUAGUUUUUCACCAUGGGGUGCGCCAAUGUUGUUCGGUAAGAAGAAAGAUGGGGCAUUGAGGAUGUGCAUCAAUUACAAGUAA